GUCGAUACGCUCUGAGCACCGCAAUCGAUAGUUGUCUGCCAUCCCUAGACUUUAGAUGGAAUGGAUUUUCGUGAAAUAAAUAAAUUGAAUUGGCGUUUAAAUCUUAAUAACAACAACAGUCUUGUCGAAUACAGCAGUGCCGUGAACAAGUACACGACUUCCGAUGUGCCGGACGAGCAUCCAAAACUCCUCAGACAAAUCGAUUGUGCGACAGGGGCCACAAUGGGCACGAAACAAAAACAGGCACCAACAACACCAGCCUCAGCCUCUACCAUAGGCGCCGACGAUGAGGGGGGUGGUGGUGGCGCCGUGGGGACAGGAGACUGCGCUGCAGCGGCGUUGGCUGUGGCUGUGUCGGCUCUUGAAACCGAAGGCGGUGGCAGCGGUGCCGUCGGUGAUAAGAUUGCAGGCGCGGCGGCCGCCUACUGCGCCUUGGAUCUGGAUGUAGCCGGCUAUGGAAUGGCAGCUGCCGCCGCUGCCUUAUCGCCCACCGAUGCGGCAUUUGGUGGAGGCGGUGUCGGCGGCCUCAGCUCCAGCCGCACCUCCAUGAACAACUCCACGGAGAACCUCAGCUACGCCAGCGACAACUUUUACGGCGACGAUCUCAUCCUGCUCGACGACGACGAUGUGGAGGCUGAGGAGAUAUCCCUCAAUUCGGACGACUGUGUGUACGCGUAUCGCGGCGACGGCGCCGACUUUGACCUCUCGAUGGAUGCCGCCGCCAUGGGACGAAGCGGACGGCACCAUCUCGACUUUGGCCUGCCCGUGGGUCUUCCAGAUUUGCUCGGCGCCGAUGAUGAAACCGAGUUUCUGGAAAUGGACUUCGAGCCGGAUCCCUCCUCCGAGCUGGAGUUUGCCAGCGGUGCCCAGGAUCUCGGCGCCCUGCCUCAGGCCAAUCUUCUGCUGAUGCAGCGGGACUACAGCCAGAUGAGCGGCAUGGGCAUGGUCACGCCCACGCAGGGCAGGCAGCUGUACAGCUCGCCCAUCGAUGAUUUCCCCCAGGAGGAUGCCCUGCAGCAGCAGAAGCAGCGUCUCAAUAAAAAGUUUGCCCGGAUUAGUCUCAACCUGGAUCAGAUCAAGGACGGCACUGGCAGUGGCGUGGACAUGGACUUGGAUGAAUUGAUUGGCGGAACAGAGGAUGAGGGCGGUCAGCCUCAUGGCGUUGGCCAGCUGGCGGACACAGCGCUGGCCCAAUCCCUGCCCAGCACACUGUACACCGGCUCCAGCUUCAGUCGGAGCACCAGCGUGCCCAGCGAUCAUCCCGAACCGAAGCUGACGGGCGCCAAGCCCAAGCGACUGUCCAACUCCUCGUCAGUGAUGUCCAAGAGCAGCUCGUCGUCGAAGUCGCGGCGUUCCCAGCCCUCGGCCAGCUUCGAUGAGCGCUGCUACAGCUGCACGGACUUUCGAGCGACUUCCGCAUCCUCCUGCCAGCAACUGCCGCUGCAGGGUGCCGAUACGGUGGCUCCCAUGCUGGUGGCUGCAGCGGCCGUGGUGGCCAUGGCCGCAUCAUCCUCGUCUAUGGCACACUUUGACCUGACGAGCAACAACGAGGAAAACUGCCUGGACUGUCUAGAGAAGGAGUUUCUGGCCAACACCAUUGGCAAGGCCCUCGAUAUGAGCACCUGCACCAAGUGCCGGCGCAGGGUGGGCAGCAACCGAGGCAGCAGUCUCUCCCUCUACACCCGGGCGGAGCAGACACGAUGUCGCAGCGGAUCGCCAGGUUACUUUGAUGAGGCUGGUGGCCUGUUUGCCGGCUGGCAUAGCGGUGCGGCUGGUGCCGGUCCCAGUCUGGGUCCCGCCUAUAACCAAAGGUUUAUUUCGUGUGAUAAUAAUUUUGGCGGCGUGCAGCUGCUCAAGCAAAGCUUUUCGACUGAGCCGCUGGUGGCGCGUCUGUCCACAGGACAACUGUGCGAUGAGGAGCAUCUGGUGCAGGCGCUGGACAAGCUACAAAUUUCCUAUGACAAAUCCCUGCUGCACACAUACUUCGAACAGCUAUCCAAGCCGCCAGUCAGCAAUGCUGGGAAUCUCAAGCAGCUGCUGCUGCAGGCCUCCAAGCGGCAGUGCAACCACCGCAAGCUCAAGAAGCUGAUCGAUCUGGUCACCCAGCAGCAGCUUCAUGUGCAAUUUAAAAGGACAAGCGAAGGGGAAACCACUGCUUUGGUGCCCGUUAAGGUGGCGGAUAUUUUGGAUUCCUGGGCCCGCCAUCGAGAUCUCUCUGUUUUGCGGCAACUGGAUGCGCGUUUCCAUCGCGCCAAUGUGAUGGGAAAAGUUGGUCAAAUUGUGCGCCAGGCAGCUGCAUCAUCGUUUGCAGCAGCGGCUGCUGCCGGCUCCUCAACCUCAACUUCGGCGACGCGGCGCUCUUUGCCCGAGUUUCUGAUGAUACCGCAGUAUUAUGAAAGUGGAGAGCUGACAUUAACGCGCAAAUGUUAGAGGAAGGACCCACGCACACGCAAAUGCAAACGCACACGCACAUUCAUCCACAGACAGAAACACGAACACCCACAACACACACUAAAAAUCAAAUGAAAAUUGUAUGCUUAGCUGCGUUUUAUGUUGAAAUUCCGAUUGAGGAAACGUAUGAGAAUCCAUGGAGAGAAUCUAAGAAUCCCCCACAUGUUUAGUGUGUACUUAAACAAAAACAAAAAAAAAAGAGAAAGGGUGUAACCGUACAACGUUACUCCGAAACAAUUUAAUCGUUAACCGAGUUUUGCAAUAUCGAUAUAGUUACAGUACAGUACCGCCCCCGCCCAUUAUCUAUGUAUAUGCCACACACGCCCUCUAAACGUAUAUCACCUACAUACGCAUAUACCAUAUAUAUACAUAUAUAUAUAUAUAUAAACAUCCAACAAUACAUAAAUACAUCAUUAUGUAUAACUCGUACAUAGCUUAGCUUGUAUACUGAAAAACAAAAACAAGGAAACAAAAGAAAUCUGAAUAAACUCUAAGUAGGAAAGUAAAUCUCA